AUGGCUUUUGAACAGCAAUAUUCUAUAUGCUUUCUGCUUGUCCUUCUACCGCUUCCCUUUUUCACCAUUGCUCAAAGUUACAAAAACAUAUCUCUUAGCUCAUCCAUUACUGCACAGGAGGACAGUGACCCUCACUGGGCCUCCCCGUCUGGGGAGUUCGCGUUCGGCUUCAGAAAAAUUGGCAAUGCCGGCUUCUUACUAGCCAUCUGGUUUGAAAAUAUACAAGAAAAGACUAUAGUCUGGUCAGCCAAUCGCAAUAAUCCAGUGCAACAAGGAUCGAGCGUUGAAUUCUCUGCAGAAGGCGAGCUUAGUCUCACUGAUAUUGGAACAGGCAAACGAACAAACAUUGCUGAUGGUCAGUCUAGGGAUACUGGAGUUGCCUAUGCUGCCAUGCUGGACACUGGAAAUUUCGUUCUGGCAACCCGAAAUUCAACCUAUUUGUGGCAGAGUUUUGAUCAUCCAACUGAUACCAUCCUUCCCACACAGACCCUGAAUCUAAACAGCAGUCUCUUUGCCCAACUUACAGCAACAAAUUACUCCGAAGGAAGAUUCAAGUUUGUUCUAGAUUCCGGUGGAAAUCUUACGCUUUAUACAAUGAAUUAUGCAUUCAAGAGUACUAACUUUCCUUACUUGAAAGUUCAAACUGGCAGUGGCUUUCAGGUCAUCUUCAACCAAUCUGGAUCUAUAUACCUCAUAGCACAGAACGGAAGCAUGCUUGGUGAUCCGGUCUUAGAAGAUCUAGUUUCCACUCAAGACGUCUACCAGAGAGCAACUCUUGACUAUGAUGGAGUUUUGAGGCACUAUAAGCACCCGAAGAACACCGACUCUGCUUGGUCCUCUUAUAGCUACAUACCUCCAAAUAUAUGCACAGCAAUUCAGGAAUAUACAGGGGGUGGUGCAUGUGGGUUUAACAGCUUAUGUAAACAGGAGGAUUCAGCUCAUACUAAUUGCUCAUGUCCUCCGAGUUACAUCCACGUUGACCAAGAUGAUGAGAGGAAAGGGUGCAAGCAAAACUUUGUUCCCCAAAGUUGUGAUAAAGCCUCAUCAGAAACAGACCUCUUUGAAUUAAAAGAGCUAAAAUUAACCGAUUGGCCUGGUGGAGAUUAUGAGUAUUUCCAGAACGUUAGUAAGGAACAGUGCAAGCAAAGCUGCUUAGCCGAUUGUUUCUGUGCCAUUGCCUAUUUCAAUGAAAUAAAUAGUGCUUGUUGGAAGAAGGGAAUCCCUCUUGUGAACGGGAGGAUCGACGAAGAUGUUAAAGGGUUAGCUCAGGUGAAAAUAAGGAAAGGACAGGCAAAAGAAAAAGGUAGUCUAACUCUGCUCAUCAUUGGAGGAGUGAUCAUUAUAAUAUCAACCAGCUUGGUUGUCUUUAUAAUAACCCAUCUGGUUAGUUCUCAUGCAAAGGUCAGUCGACUUAAUCCUGGGGUUCAAGGCAUGAAUCUGAAAUGUUUCACUUUCAUGGAGCUAAAAGAAGCCACCAACGGAUUCAAGGAGGAGCUAGGUCGUGGUGCUUUUGCAACAGUUUUCAAAGGAGUUUUAGCAUCUGAUACUGGGAAGUACAUUGCUGUCAAAAGAUUGAACGCUGUGGUCAAAGAACAUGAUUUGGAAUUCAAAGCUGAAGUGAGCGCAAUUGGCGGAACAAAUCACAGAAAUUUAGUCCAACUACUCGGAUUUUGUAAUGAGGGGCAACACCAGCUUCUUGUGUAUGAGUACAUGAGCAAUGGCUCUCUAGCAACCUUCCUCUUCGGAGAGCCAAGACCAAACUGGAAUACAAGAAAAAAAAUUGCCUUAGGAACCGCAAGAGGGCUCUUGUAUUUGCAUGAGGAGUGCAGCAACCAAAUCAUACAUUGUGACAUUAAGCCUCAAAACAUUCUUCUAGACGAUUCUUUCACAGCAAGAAUAGCAGACUUUGGGGUAUGCAAGCUUCUGAAAUCUGACCAAACUCGAACAGCUACUAGAAUCAGAGGCACAAAAGGUUAUGUUGCUCCUGAAUGGUUCAAAAGUAUGCCUGUCACAGUGAAGGUUGAUGUUUACAGCUAUGGCAUGGUGUUGUUGGAGAUUGUUUGCUGCAGGAAAAACUACGAACCAGAAGCACCAGCUGAAGAUGAAAUUAUAUUAGCCGAUUGGGCAUACGAUUGCUAUAAGCAAAAGAAACUGCAUCUGUUGUGGCAGAAUGUAGGCGACGAUCAGGAAAUGGAUGGCAUCGAAAAGUUGGAAAAGUAUUUGAUGAUUGCAUUUUGGUGCAUUCAAGAGGAUCCAUCAGUAAGACCUACCAUAAAGAAAGUGACACAGAUGCUCGAAGGGACUGUUGAGGUCACAGUGCCUCCAAAUCUGUCCUCAUUAUAUGUUCAAUAUAAGUGA